AUGCCUGGUAUGGCUAGUGCAGGAAUGCCCAACGUAGUCGCACCACCAACAAUUCAGCCUUCUAUGGCUUACGCCACAGGACCUGCAGCCAUGCAAGGCUAUCCUACGCCUAUGUCCAUGCCACAGAUGUAUUCGCAACAACCAGCAAUACCUAUGAAUCCGAUGGGUGGUAUCAACCUCGUAGUCAAUACGAAUGCCAACACAAAUUCGGGUCCGAAUGGUGGAAAUGGUCCGUCAAAUCCUCCAAAACCAGCACCUCGACCAUGUCCAAAGUGUCGACUCGGUUACAUCACGCGUGGUCAGGCCCGAUUCCGUGAGGUAAGUUGAGA